CAGUUCAAUGGAAAACACUGCCACAGAAGCUUGUAGACAAUAAAAAACAGCUGUUUAUGACAAUGGGAUAAACACUGUAAUUGAAUGGUGUUGAUUGUGUCACUAAAGAAACAUUUAAUUGUGAAAUGGUUGAAGAAACGCUUACUUCAUCAAACAAACCAAAGGUCAAAACCAACAGGCCAAAAGCUGUAUACUCUUGGAGUGUUGCUGAUGUUUUAAAAUGGUUGGAAAGACAUUGUGGUGAAUACUACAAUAAUUAUGCUGCUGAUUUUGUGAAGCACGAAGUCACAGGUAGAACACUUUUGAGGAUAAAUGAUAACUCGUUACUUAGACUGGGUAUAACAGAUGUCCAACACAGAGAAGCUAUUUGGAGGCAAAUUUUGAAAUUGAGAUUAAAAACUGACAUAAUGGAGAUAAGGGACAUACAAAAACGAAAUACUAACAACAUGUUUUAUGAUUAUUCCAUAGCGUAAUUACUUUCUGAAUGUUAUAUCACAAAAAAUUUGCAGUUAUUCUUAUUAUAUAACCUUAAUAACACUGUGAUAACCAUUUCAGUUUAUGCCAAGGCAAAAUUGUUCUAUAAUUUCAUGAAUUUCUAAAAUAUAUUCCUAAGAGGAGUCUGCUUUCAACUCUCAUUAUACAAUAAUAAAAUUACUUUGAUAGUUUAA